AUGGGUCUGCCUCGAGCGAUUCCCGUCGCCGCCGGCGCGCUGGCGCUGAUCGCCACCAUCACCAUCGUCGUCAUCCACGUCGUACUCGCCGCCCACAUCGCCCAGGUCUCGCCUGUACGGACGUCGUCGGUUCUGUCCUCGGUCUUGGAGAGCAUUCUCUUGGCCAUCAUGGGAUGGAUGCUAUCCGCGAAUGUGGUCCCCCGGUUCCGGAAUUCGUCCAAGCGCUUCAUCAGCGUCAUGUUUGGCGCCAGCGUGCUCACGUGCACCAUGGCCACCGCGGCGUCGGUGGCGACCAUGAUCUGUCUCAGCAACGCCACGAGGGACUUGGCCGACUCGGUCCUCGGCGCGAAGCAGAUGAGCUUCCUCAUCGCCUCGUCCAUUGCCCUCGGCCUCUGCUUCGCGUGCCAGCUCAUCUUCAUCGUCAUCCACUUCGUCCUGGCGCGUCUCGUCGCCCGCCACGAGGCGGGCUCCCUCCACAUGGACGAGGAGUCCCGCAGGUCUCCCAACGUCCACAUCAAGUCGGUUCCCUACCACCGCACGUCCCCGACGUUCGACAGCAGGAGCCGCUCCACCUCGAUGGGCUCGCAGAGCCCGCCCCAGUCGAGCAGCGGCCGCUCCGCCACCGACACGCUGAGCUCCAUCCGCUCGUCCCUGUCCAACGUCGUCCGGCCCAUCUCGUCGAGGACACGCCUGCUCCCGCUGAGGGAGAAGAUGCGGGCGUCGUCCAUCGACUCGAACCACUACCGCUCGCGGUCCAGCAGCGUCAACGAGGACUCGUCGUUCGACUCCUGGGACACGUCGUCGGUCGACAUGCAAAGCCGCAUGACCGUCCUCGGCACGUCGUCCCCCGUGCCCGGCAGGUUCCUCGAGACGAUCCCGGCCAGCCCCACCACCAGCCGCAGCCCCAGCCCCGGGACGCCGCUGGACGUCGACGGCGAGGCGCCGCAAACCCGUCGGCGCAGCCGCAGCUACAGUCCCAGCCCCAUGGGCACCCUGCAAAACCCCGAGCCCACUUUCACGCUGCAGACUUCUGCCAGCGAGUGCUCGCUGCGACGCCCGGAGCCCGCCUUUACCAUGCAGGGCUCCGCGAGCGAGUCGCACAUCCACCCCCUGUUCCGGUCCGACUCCCCGGACCCGCCGCCCAUGGUGACGCCCGGCACGGUCGUCACGGCGGCUCCCGAUGCCGGCCGCGUCAUCUCGGACCGGCAGAGCGUCCGCCGCAUGAGGAGCGGCAGCCUGCCCUCGGGCCCUAGCCCUCUCAGCCGCACUGGCAGCUACGACAACCUCUUCGCCAACAGCCAGCCGUCCAUCAAGGAGAAGGACGACCUCCCAUCGCCGCAGGAGGAAGACGAGGCCCCCGGCGAAAGACAGAUGACACCCCCCAUUCCCGAGUGGAUACUGUCUGCGGGGACCCGGACGAGUCUGACGGGGUAUCAAAGCAGGAAGCUUCGCAUCGAUGGGGACGGUGGUCAGGGGCAAUCAUGA